UUUUACUUCCCUUUCUUCCCCUCACCCCACACCCCCGCCCCCAUCUCUCACACAUUCAACCCACUAUGCAACGAACUUUACCAUAUAGAAAUUGGCUUUCAUCCACCACCACUACCACCGCCAUGACCGGAGGUAGUUCCUCGGCCACCUCUAGCGGUGGUUCAACCACCUUCGAGUCACGUUCAGGUGAGAGCAAUGAAACCAACUCCGUUGGUAACACGGGAUCACAAAACAAGAACUCCGUCAUCACUAUGAGGGUAGCGAAAUCAGUCUCGGAGAACGCGAUAAUCGUCAUAGCAACACGUGGAUGCUGCAUGUGCCAUGUCGUGAAGAAUUUGCUAUUAGGGUUAGGUGUUAACCCUACAAUUUUCGAAGUAAACAAGGAAGAUGAAGAUGAUGUGAUAACAGAGUUGUCGAAAAUUAUUGGCGGCGAUGGUGGUGGUGGUGGCAGAAGAACGGAGUUGCCGGUGGUUUUUGUAGGUGGAAAUUUGUUCGGAGGACUAGAAAGAGUGAUGUCCACGCAUAUUUCUGGUGAAUUAGUGCCAAUACUUAAACAAGCUGGAGCUUUAUGGCUUUAAUUAAUUUUUUACCUAGUCAAUUAUUGUGUGCGUCUUUUAGUACAUCUUAGGUAAAAAUCUGAUAUUUGAUAGAAAAUCUGGAAUUUUCUUA